GUUUUUUCGCCUAAAUGCAAAUGAGACGAGAACAUUUAGGUGAGCUAGACGAAUAGUUAAGCUCGCUUUCGAGACCAUUUCACAGUAACUUCAAGCGUCAAACAUAUGAUACUUAAUGUGAACUGGUUUUGUUCUAAGAGUUGAGAGUUUCUGUGUUGCAGUUUGGCGAAAACAGCUGAAAAGAAAUUCCACGGCCGGUAAGUGCGAACUCAGCAGUGUUACAUUAAUUUGCCGCACAUUUUUCUCUGAAAGUCAGUAACUUGUUUGUUCUAAGUUUAAGCGAAUUCAGAAAUCAUCUCACAUGGUGAUAGCUUUGCUCAUUAAUCUUUCUUGUAUACUGACUUCAUAGACUUGCGCUAAACUUAUCCAUUCCUGACUGACAUAAUCAUGUCUGACUACUUAUUAUUCUGGAUUAUUCUUACUACUCGACUCGCUUGGAACAAGCAUGUACGAACUGUUUUAUCUUAAAGUCAAAUAAACUUAACUCCCUUUACAACCAAAUUUUUUAAAAUUUGCGUAGUUGUGCCUGCUGAAGUGUCUCAUAUUCUUCAAAUCGCAUUUCAAAGAAUUUUAGAGUCGUAUAAAUCAACCGACUUUAAGUCAAGGCAUUUAUCCUAAGCACGGUGCUAACAAUGUGUGAUAGGUAAAAAGCCCACAAGGCAGAAAUUUAAAUUUGCCCUCAUGUCGGUCGAUAAACUGGACUGAAAAAUCGAAAAUAAUUUCUUAUAUAUAAUUUAUAUUUCACAAAGUGGACUAAAGAGGAAAAUAUUUGUUUGGUUGGUUAUGCAGAUAAGCCGGUUGGACUAAUGUAAUAUUUAUAAGAAUUGUUUAAACGGGAACUUAAGUUACUCCAACUUCUUGAUUUCUAAAAGGUUCAUCUAAUAGAUAUAUCUAUUUCAUGGUCAAAAAAGGAUUUAUUUUGGGGAAAAAAGUACAAAAUACACCGACGGAUAACAGAAUGAAGAGAGAGCGGUGAACUAAGGAAUAUCACUGAACUCGUUAUCCAGGCUCUGAAAUCGAAAUUUGUGGACUGAAUGAAUGGGAGGCUUGCUUGACAGUGAAUGAUACGCUACAGCUUGACAAGCUGGCUGACUGUCCACCAAUGAUCAGAAUACUACGGAAGCUAGUCUACCACACUUGGCGAAAUGAUUUGGUUGAAACAAACCCGCACAGUCUGCCUAUCUUGUUAGGACUGUAAACUGCAUUGAAGUGGCCUACGACAAAUCUAUCACAAAUGCAAGCGAGAGUGGGGUUGAGUAAACUGAAGGAGUGACGGAGUUUUCUCGCUUGAAUCAUUUAUUAGGUUAUUCAUUAUCAAUAAUAUCAUUAAUUGACUGAUUGAUUUUUUUUUUUCACAAGGAUAAGUCAGCGAAAAUCCAUUGACAACGUUGGUUUGAAAAAGCGCCUUUCAAAAAACCAGUAAGGGUGAUAAGUUUGAGGGUGAUUUGUUAUAACUGACGAAGAAAUUGCUCCGCAACGUCACGACAUUUUACAGACGUUUGUUUUCGGGUAUAUAGAGCAUGUGAUGGGCGGGUCGCAAGUUUGUGCCCCACCGAAUGAAUGCACCCAUUACAAUUUUGCGACUUUGCUCGUUUCAUAUCUCUAUGACCGACCGGUCGUUAUGCUAUGAACUCAGACAGGUCAAAUGUUUUUAUUUGUCUUUUCACCUAUAGCUGUAGGACCCAUAGAAGGAAACGCGAGCCGACUUUCAUCUAAGGAAGUAAGCAUACUGACGUCAUGGCCUUCUUUUCUAAGGUGCGACAGCGACUGAAUCCCAACAUUUUAAUUAACAAACUGUACGGUUUUCUCAAUUGCAAAGACAAAAAGUAACUAAUAAAACUGUUCGAUUUUUAGGGCGACCAUGUGUGGCUUUCUGUGAAAAGUACCGGAGGCUUUCAUAUUCCUAUUGGCGCAGUGGUUAAAUCAGUCGAUGGACUUGGAAUGCUGCUGACCGAUGAUGAAGGACAGGUAUGACUAACCCGUCUAGAGUUCACACGAUAUACCCAUCACAGACACACGAGCUCAAGAGCGUAGUACUCACCCGGGAGCACAUUAAUGUAUCUAAAAAUAGAAUGGUCCGUGAAAACUCAAUGAUUUAGGCCCAGUCAAUGGGAAUUGUUUGCACGUUUGGGUUAUGCGCGGGCUCCUGUGAUACACUUUGUGUUACUCUAGCGGGGGAAAGAUUGAAAAUGACUGGAAACUGCGUAAUGUGGGUCCCUGAUUUUUGUGAGCAAAUUUUAAAGUUUUAAGGCCUAGUUGAGGGAGCUAUCUCUUGAGUACACUUUCCAGCAGUUGAGCUUCACUCAAACAGUUGCGAUUAAGACGAGUAAAUGAGAAAAAUUAGUACUAGAAUAUAUUUUUCAAAAGAUGCCUUUCGGCAGAGACCAAUUAAGAAAGAAUUAAUCUACCCUCACACUUUUCUUUGGAAUAGAGUGAAAAUAAAGUUAGCGUUCUAACAUAGAAGAGCUUGUGAGUAAUUAAUAAUGUGAGCCCUAUCCAUGGAUCUUUCAGGAACACUUUCUCAGCGGAUCAUCGCUCAGUGAUGAUGUUCAUUCGAUGCAUCCCAGCUGUAUUUCAGGGGUUGACGAUAUGAUUCAGCUCGGUGAACUCACAGAAGCCGGGAUACUCAGAAAUCUGUUCAUCCGAUAUUAUCGCCACAAAAUUUACGUAAGUUUGACACUCCACCGAAUUCGAGGAAGACAGCUAAGAUAAUCAACUGAAUGAUCUAACAGCAGCAAACAUACAAAGAAAAUUUGAAGUUUAAAUACCAACCAUUUCUUAACGGCAAGUUGUCUAAGACGCUGGGACAACCACUCCCUACAGUGUAAAUGGUCCCUGACGUUGUUCAGUCACUACUCGACACUCUAUGAGGCGGACACAGCACCUCACUAAGAUGGACACGCUUCCCAAAAGUCAAAACUUGUCUGCCAUACCGAGUUUUAGUCCGUGAUUAAAACGGGCUUUUACGAAACAAUUUUUUGCUGAAAAUUCUCUCGCCGCCGUGCAUGAUUAAGAAAAGACUGGCGUAGAAGGACGUCAGUGCCGAUUACAGCAAGUACGACGGGGUUAACAAAGACAACGCAGCGUCAAAAGGGAAAGCGAAUAGGCCCCCUCUAUACAAGAACCUGUUUCGUCUAGGAUUUGAAACAAGUUCUUAGUUUUUAAAACCUAAGAAAAAAAAUAUGUACACCGGGCAAAUAAGAUAAGAAGAUAAGUCAACAUUCAGGAUCAACAUAAUAUGUGUCUAAUCAAACCAACUUCAAUGUAAUGUUAUACAGAUUUUAUAUAAGGAAUAAGUUGAAUACCAUGCACUUAAUACUCUUAGCUACAAUGUAUUUUUCUUCAGAAAAUAAAUAAGAACCUAUAAUUUGUCAUUUAUGUAAGAACCUCAGUUUAGGCUAACUUGGGGAAAUGCGGGGUUUUUACCGUACAUGUACUUCUUGACAUGACUGUAUUUGCUUCCUACUCUUCUCUAGACUCAUAUCGGGAAGGUGUUGGUAGCCGUUAAUCCCUACCAUCUUUAUCCGAUCUAUGGAGCAGAACACAUAAACCUUUAUAAUCAAGAAACCGAUGUUACCAACCUACCACCCCACAUAUUCUCUACCGCACACCAUGCCUUCAUUUCCAUGAAAAGACGACUCCAAAACCAGAGUAUUAUAAUCAGGUACGAUAUAAUAACUAUACACCAAUCACCAUUAGUAAUCUGGGAUAAUACGCUGUACUAUCAGUAAUCCGUUUCUCCCAGUUUCCCUUGCAAUUGAUAGACCGCACUGUAGUCAUUCCGGUACUACAACCCUGCAUGGUCGAAACAUCUUGGGACACUUGAGGAAAUUAAGCGCGAAGACGAAAUUUGCAAAAUUAACUCGUAUUCUACUUAAACCGGCUUAUAAAAGCUUGGGAAUUCCAAUUUAUUUCUGCUGCCCACUGUCCCCCAAGCAAUGUUGAUUGCGUUGAGAAAGAUUGUAAUUCGUAAUGUCAACACUGCAAAGGCGGGGAGGGGUAGAGAAAAUGCAUCAUUUUUAAGAGCUGUUGCUUUCGUGUCCCAAGAGUUUUGAUCUGAGGGCUAUAGCCUGUUUUUCAAUUGCUUUAAAGUUUUUUUUAAGUAUCUACGGAAACUGGCGGAAAUGCAACCAAGGGAAGGGGAUACAUGCAUCAAGUCAACUGACCGAGUGUAACCAAUUAGAAAUGUUUAUAUAUUGACUGAUGUGGGGUACAUAUCACAAAAAACUGAGAUCCAAAGAUCAAAUACACAAAAAAAGUGUUGAAGACUGACAAAAAUAGAUGAGAAACAAAGAAAAGUUCUUCUAUCCCAUAGGGGAAACGCUUUAUACAAGAUCUUUCUUCCAAAGAUUUACUGAAAGUUGCCUACGGAAAAGCAACAAGCUGAGCAAAGAACACAAAAAUUUAUUCUCUUCAAUUGUACUCAGUAUAACCUGCCUUUGUCCGAAUGUUUAAUACGGAUUGAAGCUCCAAUGAAAAACACGAUAAGCAUUUUUUGAUUCAUAUGCAUGGUGGCAACAAUUUCACAGACGACCGAUACUAGAAGUACUAAACGGACUUAUUGAGGCCGAAUGAUGUUGAAAACAUUUUGGAGAUUUUUCCAUUGUCUGUGGAAAAUUUUUGACCUUGACUUUUUUUUUUUUCGCUUCCAUAGCGGUGAAAGUGGUGCAGGCAAAACAGAAUCCACCAAGUUAAUUUUACGUUACUUAACAGUGGUCAGCGGACAACACACCACACUUGAUCAACAAAUUCUUGACGCAAAUCCUAUUUUGGAAGGUAUGCAAGUCACGAGGUUUAAAUUUUCACUCAUAACAUUAUUUAACUGAUCUUUUACGAGUUAACCAGACUGGAAAUUAACCAUGUCAUAUUCUUAUAGAAGUUCUAUAUAUUUAUUUGUCAGCUUUUGGCAAUGCAAAAACUGUACGAAAUGACAAUUCAAGCCGGUUUGGAAAGUACAUCAACAUCUACUUCAACAGACAUGCGGUCAUUGAAGGGGCUAGAAUUGAGCAGUAUCUCUUGGAGAAGUCCAGAAUCGUAUAUCAGGUAGGUUUUUUAUCAAAGCAAGAAAAUAAACCUCUACUGAGGUGAAUGAAUGAUGGAUGGGAUUUAUCUUUUCAGUAAAGGUGGUAGAACUAUUUUUCUUGUUUCUCCAGACGAGAUAAUGACACUAAAGACAGUUUGUCAGUUGUUCAUUAUAGGACUAAGGGAUACCCAAUCUAAGAACCUUACACUCUAAGUAUGUACUUCCUUGCCUCUAGUGCAGCCCUUAGCAAUGGCAAUACCUCGUACAUAUUGACACUGACUUCGCAGGUGAAAAGAGUUUCCAAAAGGCGGGAGAAAGGCGUGUCUCAGUCACGGGUGACCAUCCUUUUCUCCAAUUAAUGCGUAUUUCGGUUUCUAAAAAUAAUAUAAGCUCUAAGCCCAUAGCCACCUACAUAUUUUUUUUUAAAGCACGAGAAACAUUCAUGAGUAGACAUUGCUAAUCAUAAGCUUUCGCUUAUUUUGCUUGACUUUUCAAGGUAUAAGACGUUUCAAGGGAAAUUUCCCUAGGCCUUUUGCAUUGAUGGUGCGUGAAAAACAAGGUGGGGGUGGGGGAGAAUUUGCUCUAUGGAGUAGACAAACCAAUUUUAAAAGGUAUGUGAUUUCCUUCCUCCCGUUAGAUGCCAGAUGAGCGCAAUUAUCACAUCUUUUACCGUCUGCUUGCCGGUUUGGACAAGGAGGAAAAGAACAGCCUCCACCUGACGGUGGCAGAAGAUUAUCACUACCUCUCCCAGGGGAACUGUUUUACAUGUGACGGGAUGGAUGAUGAAAAAGAAUUUGCAAAUAUUCGAAGAGCAAUGAAGGUAAUCACAUCUGAAUAUUAUUGACAUCAUAAAAGAGAGUUAAAUACAAACGACCCCCGUAUCGGCGAAAGGGAGGAGAGAUGGAAGGGCGUGGUCGCGUUGGUGCUGGUUUGAAUCAAUUUGGUAUAGGAGAUCAUGUGCUCCAAAACCUUCAGCAUUAAGCGCACAGGUAGAUACGCAGUAUGGGUUACUAUUUUAGGGAUGAAGGUGAAGAGGAAAUCAUUAAAAACCAUAUAGAUGGUAGGGAAAGGGGCAAAACGAAAGAAACUUAAUAUGUUGUUUGACCAUUUGGGUGAUAACUCUGUGUGGCUCGGCCAAGCCACUCAAAGUAGAGACUAGGAGGGAGGAUUUCUACUGUCGCGUAAUUUUACGUGCGAAAAUAAUGAAGCAAUGCAUGAAAGGCCGCUCGUAAACGUAAAAGUCGAACCUCGAUCGCUCAACUUUUACGUUUACGCGCGGCCUUUCAUACAUCGGCGCUAAUUUAUUUGCGAACGUAAAUUUUACGCGCGUACGCUGCACGUAAAAAUUACGCGACAGUGGAAAUCCGCCCUUAGUCUCUACUUUAGUGACUUGGCCUAGCCUCAGUAUUUAAGCGCGUAAAAUGUACGUACGUACGCACUUAAAAAUUACGGGACAGUGGAAAUCCACCUUAUCGGAGGAGUCAGUUAUUUUGUUAUUGAAUGCAUCCAGUGGUGAUUUAUAUGUGUGUGUUUUUAUAUUCUCAGGUGUUAAUGUUUUCCGAAAAAGACACUUGGAUAUUAUUCACUCUGUUAGCAGCGGUUCUUCAUCUUGGAAAUUUGCGCUUUGAAGGUAAAACGCAAGAGAAAAAGGAGUAACAAAAAAUUAUUCAUAAAUGUGAACGGCUCUGACGCAUUGCUUCUCUACAGCUAAAGAUAAGCUUCUGCGCCGCACGUGUUUGCAGUUAGUUUAUCUUACCAAAAAAGAAGAGCUCAAUACAAUUUAAAGACAAUUUAUGGUCAACGUACGUGGGAUUUUUUUCCAAUACGUCUCAGAAUAAUAAGCCAAGAUGUUUCAACACCUCUCGGUGAAAUUUUCUCCAGCUUCCUCGUAAUUAUCCAUCAGAGGCUAUAACAAUAAGUCACUUAGCGUUCCAAUUACGUCUCACUUUAAAUUAAAAGAAGGCCAAAAGCAAGAACUGUUUUCUAUGGCCUUUUCUGAGUUGUCGCUGUCACGUUCGUCUGAAAUUUUUAAAAACAAUUUUUUAAAUCUGUCUUUUAAUUAUUUUUCGUGAUGUACAGCUUUGAUUCAAGACAACAUGGAGGCUUGUGCAAUUUUAAAUGAGGACAGCGUUGACUCGGUGGCUCAUCUCUUACAGGUAAGUAGUAGUGGAUGCUCUAUGUGGUCUCAAGACGGUGAAGGGAGCUAUAGUAUACAUAAUAUACAGUACAUACCCGGUUACAACACCUUGUCUUUUUUCCUACCUUUAAUACGUAAAAACGUAUUAGCUACAUGACUCCAGGGUUAUCAUGCGCUCGGGCAGUGUACCAUGCAGGGAGAACUAUCCGAUACCUUUUAGAUCAUACAUCGAUUAAUAGCAUACGUUUUUAGAUAGAUACAGCGCUUUCACAGUCAAAUUGCUUCUACGCCUGUGUUCUUUAUUCCUUGCUGCAAAUUAAGGAUAUAUAAGGGAGUUCGGGUAGCUGAAUAGGCUGUUGACGAACUAAGAACUUGCUACCCUUAUUAAUUAUCCAAAUUAUUUCUAAAAAACCGGCAAUUUUAUCGAUUAUAGAUUCCCACGGAGGAAUUCCACAAGGCGUUUACAAGUAAAUCAACAUAUGCCUCUGGAGAACUUAUCUACUCUCCUAUUGGAGUGGAAAGCGCCAGGCAUAUUAGAGAUGCGUUUGUAAAGGGAAUUUAUGGACGACUGUUCAUCUGGAUUGUAAGCAAGAUCAACUCGUCUAUAAGCGUAAAACAUACAGUGAGUAUUUUUUGUAUCUUCUUGUCUAAGUAGCUACAUGAGCACACAAACACACUGAUCGAGGAGGCCCACAGUGUCUCAAAACCCGUGCCCACGAUAAAAAAGCAAUGUAUGCCACACCCCUGGUCACUAAUAGUAACAACAGAUUUACUAUCACCUUGAAAACAUUAUUAACCUAUCGUGAUCGGCGGGAUUCGGGAUUUCAUAGGAAAAUGGGGGCGAGAUUCGGGAUUGAAACUAUGCACGGGAUGUUGGAUGCCAAAAAUAACCAUCAGGAUUACUUGUUUGAGCACUGAACCGGGCGGGAUUGAAGAACCAAUCAUGGAUUGGGGACCCUCAGUCAUCUCUCUCUUAGUGAGAAUCAUUGGGACUGAUGCUGAGAGUUCGUCUCAAGCCGAGAUGUCUAACUAAAAAGAGUGUGAACAAAAAUGUAUGAAAAAGGCGAGGAUCAACUCCAGUAGGGAGAUGUUCGUACUUUAGAGGUUAUUGGCAGUGUAUCAGGCAGUAAUCCUGGAAUCUGCUUCAUCUAUUUUAUUUUUUAUUUUAAGGCUGAUUCAGAGCUCGAAGGUCGAGUAUGUCUUGGUGUUCUCGAUAUUUUCGGUUUUGAAAACUUUGAAGUUAACAGGUGAGAAAUUAAUUUAUUGCUUUAUUGAUUUAUCAAUUAUCAUUGGUUAUGUAGAUUGAACAACUGUUUUCCCAGUUUUGAACCAGUAGUGAUGUGUUUAUUUCUCGCCAGAAGCUUUAUUUUCGUCGUCUUGUGUCUAUGCAGUUUGAUUUCGUACAAACCGCCAAAUUAAGCUGUUUUAUAAAUCUAUCUGUGACUAUUACACGUCAAGCUUUGUAACGGCUUUUAAUCCACUUCCACCCGAAUCCGCCCGCUCUCAUUCUGAAAUUGAACCACACUGGCCAAUUCACCACUUUUAACUGUCAUCGACAACUUUGACGCUAUUAUCUUGAGCAGGGAAAUAGUUCUUCUAAAUCAUACCUAAAUUAAAAGAUGAACAGAAACUAGAGUGACAAGCAAACCGCCUGGGGAUAAUGGGCUCAAACUAUUAAGUUCUGUGGUAAUUAUAAGUUAUAGUUACUUGAUUAAAGACUUACGUUACAAACAGAUACGUGCCUCCGCGCCUUCAGUGACGACUGGUUGUAGCCCAAUCCAUCUAACUAAACGUGGAUUUCCAUUGUCGUUUAAUUUUGACCUGAGUACGCACGUAAAUAAAAUAGGGGCCAUCUAUGGAGUGUCUCCCGUAAACGUAAAAUUUGAGCGAGGAGGAAAUCCACCCUAACCAGGAGCCCUAACAUAUAUUUUCUCUUCCAGUUUUGAACAGCUGUGCAUCAAUUAUGCAAAUGAAAAGCUUCACAGUUUCUUCGUGGACCACGUUUUCAAGAUGGAGCAGGUGAGUGAGAAAGUCUGGAAUCUAGAGACUGGUAUGGUGAUAAAAUGGAGGCUCAGACGAUACAGCUAUUCCAAGAAAGGUUGUCGAUACUCUGGUUAUUGAUCUGUAACCAGAGUAUAAUACCAUCAACUGACGUGACACAACUCACUUUGACUCUGAAGAUGACUACCGCACAGGUUGUCGAAACGUCAGUCACUGCCAACAACAACAGUCCUAUUCAGGACUACGUUCACCCGGACGAUCAAACUCAACCUUUUGAAAUGACUCCUGGGUUCAAACCUUCCACAAUUUUUAGUAUGUAGGGCAUUUGCAGUGCUUGAUUCCUAAUGGAAUGACCCACUGUGUUUUCUGUUCGGUGUAGGCUGAGUAUAGUCGCGAAGGACUGGAUUGGAGUCCUGUGGACUUUGUUGACAAUCAAGAAGUUGUGGAAACCUUGGCAAAUAAACCUCUAAACUGCUUUGCUCUUAUGGACGAAGAGAGCAGAUUCCCUCAGGUAUAGAUGCUGUCGGCGCUUAUGUAAUAAGUCAAUAAUCUGUUUCGUCCGGAAUAUGAAUGUAAGGCACAAUCUAUCCCUUGAAUAAGAAUCCCACACUAGCAUGCGAACGCUUUACGACCGGAAAUACGUCUGCGUUCUGAGGCUAAUCCCAAACCGACCAAGGCUCGCGAUAGCUCGUGGCUAUCACUCAUGUGAGGUUUUCUAUAUUUUGUAAUCAGAAAGCGUUUAAAACAUGAAUUUUCACAUCUUGAGAACGCAAUCAAGCUACACUAACCGAACGUUGCACAAUUCUAGAGCGACAUUCACUGGUGAUAUUACUGACUAGUCGGAUUACAAUUAUCGUAAUUACGUAAGACCUCAUACACUUCACUUUCAUAGUAAUGUUAUUCCUAUUCAGAAAAAAUAGAGUACAGUUCACUUGGAACACGAAUUUCUUUGACUCUCUCUCUCUGUCUGCUUUAAUUUAAUUUGUUUUUGUCUUUCUCCAAAAAAUAUAUUUAGUUCAAGUUAAUACUAAGCUUCUCUCGGCUGUGAAGGACUUGUUUAUUCAAAUUCACUAUUUCUGCUUCCUUUAUUUUUACAGGGAAACGAUGAAUCGUUUUUGCAUAAAUUGACUGCACAUCAUGUUAAAAGUAGCUGCCUUUUUAAAUCCAAGUCUCGCUCCAGAGCUUCGUUUGGCGUGGUUCACUUCGCUGGAAUAAUUGAGUACGACGUUACAGGUGACGCAGUUGAGGAAUCCUUUAUUUCACUCGCGAACUCCGAAAUGUUAGCAGCCAGCCCACUGGCUUAGGAGGUUAAACAAUGAAUCUAAUGAACCUCCUUUAACUUUUCCAGUGGUGUGAGUGCAUAGUAAACCUUGGUUUUUUACGUCUUUUUGUAGCACCGAACAAGUUCAAUGACAGUUUAAAAAGGUCUGAGGUUUUUGUAAGAGUUAUGUUUGCCUGCUGACCUUCCUGGCUUUGUUUUUCUAAGCCGAAGGGAAUAAGAAUUUGCUUAUUCUGAUAUAAGAUUUAUGCGAAUGUCCGCAACCUUUUAUAUCUUAAUAUCUGCAUCUUCAUAGGCAUUCUGGACAAAAAUAGAGAUACCUUCAGUGCUGAUCUUGUUGGGCUCGUCUGUGAAAGUAAAAUGGAGUUCCUUUUUGACCUGUUCGCCAGGGAAAUGUCCAUGGUAAUUAUUAGUCAUGAUUUUAUGUUCUUUCGAAGCAAAAGGGCCGCGUCUCUCUGUUCUAUUAGAAUGUAAACGUUAAAAUAAAAUGUUCACUGGCCGGGACACUCUUAUUGGUACAAAUUAAGGCGCUAUUUUUCCUCCGUGGCUCUUCACUGUCUCUGGCCCGUGUACAGCACGGACCCCUUCUUGAGAAGAGGGGGGAGCUGUACUCAAGCUACACUCUUCACAACCGCUGAUUUGAAAUGAGAAAAUUCAAAGACCGUGAAAUUGAUUUGUAAUUAUACUUAGGUAUGGUUUAAUAUUUGAACGAGGUCUAAGUUAUCCCAGCCGGGAUUUGUAACAGUUAUUGGACCUUCAUGCAUGCGGUUCACAAGUGGAUUAUUACAUUUAGAUACGUUUUUCAAAAGUUGUAGUCUAAGCGAUAUGCAAGUGACUUUGACCAGCCCGAAACAUUUUUAUACCUGGUCCAUUUAAUUUAGUCAGGACUGAGUUCUAAUGAAACCUUAAAAUGGAUAACUUUAAGACACGGGUCAUAUCGAUAUUUUUUUUUCUAGGGCGAAGAAACUAGGAAGCGAUCACCAACAUUGAGUGCACAGUUCAGAAGAUCUCUAGAUGUCUUGAUGAAGAUGUUAUUAAACUGUGAACCGUCUUUUGUUCGCUGUAUUAAACCCAAUGAACUAAAGAGAGCCAUGGUAUGUCACCAAUUGUCCUGAAAAUAGUGACUUCUACAUCGUCAACUUAGGGCAUGAUCCCCUUUUGUGGUUGCAUUUCAUCUUAAUUCCGCUUUUGCCACCUUAUAUCCUACUGAAAGCGCUAAUAGAUAGGUACAUACAAUCUAACCAAACUGAAUCAACCUAAAGCUGCUUUAACCAGGUGCAAAGGUGCGUGGGAGCAUUUCCCUCAGCAUUUCUGGCUUUCACUCCCUAAAGGGAAGUCCAGCUAGGGUGUUCGACCCCCUCCACAAGAGAUCAAGAGACAAGGGGAUUUUGUUUUUACGGAUUCAAAUUGAUUGUAUAUAAGAAUCUAUUCAUGUAAGAAUAAAACAUGCAGAGUACUUUGCAAUUCAUGUCUCUCGGGAGAAAAGGCCCCCUUGACAUACUUAUGAAUUCAUUGAAACCUGUUUCCCUUCCAAAUCCAGAUAUUUGAUCGUCAUUUGUGCUGGCAGCAACUGAAAUACUCAGGAAUGUUAGAAACUGUCAAGUAAGAAACUAAACUCGUUAAAUGAUUGACAAAAAAUCAUUUUUGCUACCCUUUGCGUAGCCUCCCCGCAGACGUCCUUUGGGGUUCGUUUGUCACGCAUUCAUUUCUCCCCCACGGAGAAAUAAAAUGCGUGACAAAUGCGGGGAGGCUACCCUUUGCGGGACCUCAUUGGUUAUUAUAAAAAUUAAUAUUAUUAAUAUUAUUAUUAUUUUAAAUAAAUUACCCUCCUGCACUGAGACGACUGCUAGUAUGGGUUGAAAUUAAACAGGAAAAAUAUGUCAAGUUAUCCUUAAGAUUAUUUAGAGUCAGGAAACUAUUACAGGAAUCUCCAGCUAAAAAUACAUUCAUUUCCAAAAAUUACCAGGUUAAUCGGGGAGAAUGGGAGCCACUCAUGAUACCAUUCCCAGUCCUUUAAGCGACGUCGUACGUCGUGAGAAGUCGUGAGCUGUUUUUUCACUUUUCAAGAUGGCGGCUUCACCAUCGCCUUCAUUGAAACUCUUAAGCUCAACACCGACAUUAUCGUCAAGACCAAGCUCCAGGUUUGAAUUUACCAAGUCCCACUUCAAAGCAGCGUUUCGUCGAAAAUAAUAAUUCUUAAGUUUAACGGUUAGCUUUAAACAAAGACAUAAAUAAUUGGAAUUAUGUUUUUAACUUACAGGAUUCGCAAAGCUGGUUUUGCUAUUCGUUAUACUUUUGAGGAAUUCAUAAACAGAUAUUAUGUCAUUAUGAAGGAUUUAAAGAUACCUCGAACUGAUCCACGGGAGANUUAAUAUUAUUAAUAUUAUUAUUAUUUUAAAUAAAUUACCCUCCUGCACUGAGACGACUGCUAGUAUGGGUUGAAAUUAAACAGGAAAAAUAUGUCAAGUUAUCCUUAAGAUUAUUUAGAGUCAGGAAACUAUUACAGGAAUCUCCAGCUAAAAAUACAUUCAUUUCCAAAAAUUACCAGGUUAAUCGGGGAGAAUGGGAGCCACUCAUGAUACCAUUCCCAGUCCUUUAAGCGACGUCGUACGUCGUGAGAAGUCGUGAGCUGUUUUUUCACUUUUCAAGAUGGCGGCUUCACCAUCGCCUUCAUUGAAACUCUUAAGCUCAACACCGACAUUAUCGUCAAGACCAAGCUCCAGGUUUGAAUUUACCAAGUCCCACUUCAAAGCAGCGUUUCGUCGAAAAUAAUAAUUCUUAAGUUUAACGGUUAGCUUUAAACAAAGACAUAAAUAAUUGGAAUUAUGUUUUUAACUUACAGGAUUCGCAAAGCUGGUUUUGCUAUUCGUUAUACUUUUGAGGAAUUCAUAAACAGAUAUUAUGUCAUUAUGAAGGAUUUAAAGAUACCUCGAACUGAUCCACGGGAGAUGUCAGAGACAUUAGCUAAAAGACUUCUUCCUGAUGUUGAAUGGACAAUAGGAAAUCGAAUGAUAUUCUUAAAGGUGGGUUAAUCACUAUAGUCUGAUUAAAUAUUCUCCCUUAACCCAACAUUUUAGUCACAGCAGUGCUUAUAGUGAGAAGUUCGUGUUAGCGUUGAGUUAGGGGAGAGGUAGUUAAGAAGUUUCCCAGAAUCUUAUACUGAUCCAAACAAUUUUUUGCCUAUCUUAUAACUGGUGCAAUUUCACUCUGUUAAAUGAAAGAAUGUUCAACUGAAAAUUAUACAUACAGUGUAAAUAUAUCUUGAGUCAAGUAAGUAAAAACGUUUGAUCAUGAAUCCCUCGGAAUUACUCCCAGUAACUGUUCUGAUAAUACAAACGGUACAUAUCUAGGGCGGAUCCAGGAUUUUUUAUAGGAGGGGGUGCACUCGUCUCUUGCUCUACUUCAACACCAAUAAACCACAUAGUUUUUUGGGGGGCAGAAUACCAGUUGUAUUAGAAGACCGCAGGUCAUCUCAGGGGGAGGGGGGUGCGCACCCCCUGCACCCUCCCCCUAGAUCCGCCUCUGCAUAUAGUGACAAACCUAAAACUGAAUAAAUGUUAACCAUUUUGAGUCAGGGCGUUGUUAACCCUUUAUACUACUGUAGUCAGUUCUAAACCGUAAUCACCACAGUCGUGCUUAAACCCUAAUCUCUACUGUCUGUGUUCAACUUUAAUUGCCAUUUUCAGUGCUUAAACCUGAUCACUAUUUUCAGUGCUUGACCCAGCUUGAGUCAGUGCUUGACUCAAGCUGUUUCAUAAGCUUGACCUAUGACUCAUUAACUCAUAAAUAAACAAGCUUUCUUGGUUUAGCAGGGACUUUGGCUGCCUUAGAGUGUUCAAAUCAUCAGUUUACCAAGAUAAAAUUUGUCUUUCUCUUCAGGGAUCCAUUUCUUUGAUCAACUGAACCAUCCUGUUUAUUCCAAUUAGCAGUUACUGAAGCGUUUCCUCUACUCUUAUGGGGUAUUUAAGGCCAAACAUGUCAUUUUUGUUUACAGGAUCACCACGGUGACGUCCUAGAACAAGCGCGUGAUGCAUUAUUGACCAAUGCAGUAAUUGUACUUCAAAGAUCAAUUAAGAGGUUUUUGCAUGGAACAAAACAUCGCAAACAGUCACGUGCGGCUGUGAUGAUUCAGAAGACUUGGAGAAGACAUCGUGAUGAGAAAACUUAUCAAAAGGUCUGUCUGUAACUUUACUGUUAUGUGAUUGACAAAUCUCAAUCAAUUACCAACGAGUAACUAAGAAGCCUACCCUUUUCAGGGAUUUCAAGAUACCAUGACGCGAUAGCAGCAAAAACAUUCUCCUAUCAGCCUAUAAAGUGGAUUCCCCUUCUUUCCGAUUUUAAACAUGAACCACGCAAAUGAUUUUAGGCCAAAUUGCACUCCACUCAGUCCUUAUCAAGCAAUCUUCAGGAAGGUCAUACAUACAUUUGUGGAUUAAUCAAAAUUUACUUCUCGAUCAGCUCUAAUCAACCUUUCAGGAACUGAGCCCUGUAUGGUUUCAUAACCAGCACGCUAACAUACAAUUAUGCCGUAUACGCUGUAGUGUUAAUACGAAUUUCAUGAUUAUCCCCGAGAAGAGGGUUUUGUAUAAGCUACCAAAAAAAUCAAUGAUAUAAUCGUUCUGUUCCCUAAAGGUUGUGAAGGGAAUAACUAGACUCCAGGCUACUGUGAAAGCAAGAGCUGUAUAUGCUAAGUUCCGGCGCAUGCGUGAAGAUAAUCAGAGGGCAGAGCAAGAAAGACAGCAAAGAUUAAAGCGAGAAAGACAGCAGAAGGAACACGAAGAAAAAUUAAAGAAGGUAUAAAAAUUAUGAUAGUUAAAGCAUGAUAACUUAAAAUGAUGAUUUUGCAACUUUGUUAGUAUUGCCCUCUUUUUGUUUACAGUGUUUAUGUUUGUAGUGAACGCCAAGUUUAGUAAACGAUGACUGUGUUCUUUAACAGGCACAAGAAGAAGCAGCAGCACAAAUUCAGGAGAUGUUUAGCUUUAUUGCAAAAGAGGAAGAAUCAUAUACCAAGAAAGGUUCCUAAAAUGCUCAGUAUCUAUUUCAUAUUUAGCUGAAAAAAUGAGAAAAAAAUAUUGAGUGACGAACCACCUCAAGCCUGUCGAGCUGUUAUGACAUGUCAACCUGAUACGGCCCGAGUCAAGACACGAUUAUGAGGGUCUCCAAUAAGUUUUUCGGUAUGCGGGAUUUCCCUUAUUUGAGGCUCGGGAUUCGGGAUUUUAAAGGGAAAUCGGAGCGAGAUUCGAGAUUUAAAGUAUGCGCGGGAGGUGGGAUGCCAAAAGUAACCCUCGGGAUUACGGGAUUGCCCGAAAUUUGGGGUAGGGAUCACGGGAUAGAAAAACUCUAUUGGAGACCCUCGAUUAUUGACCGUCACUUGAUAAAAGAAUCUUCCGAACUUCUUUAAUCUAUAAUUAGUUUGCUUAAAUUAAAUGUUUCGUUGUGGUUUUGUCAUAUCACUGUCACUUUUGUUAUUAGAAGAGAAGAUCGAGAAGAGUAACUCAGCAAAUGCCGCCCGUAAGCCUCAUGAAACACAACAGAAAUCUUCAUCAUCUUUAGGAGCAAGUUUAGUCGACGGUGUAAGAAUAUUUGAGGAACUUAACAGACCAGGUUUGUAUAAACCCAAAUUUGUUUAUAUCUUUGCUGGAAGAGAAAAGUUAGUCUAAAUAUAUCAUUUCCGUCUUUUUUGUUUUUGUUGUUAUGACAACCAAAUGCCAUCUCCAGUUUUUAGCUUUAUUUUUGCAUGAGCUGUAUAAUUCCGGAAAUAACAGACCGGUCAAGGACCUGAUUUUGGGAAGGUGGAUAGUUUCACUUUUAAGUAACUGUCCUAAAUCUAUAACGGACUAGGAGAGAGAAAUAUCGCAGAAAUCACUAUCUCGCCUACCCUCUCAGGCUUAGAAAACCUCGCCCCCCUACAACAGAUGUCUCAGCCUAACUUUUACUUCAGUAUAUGUAGUUUCUUUCUUUUUUUUGGUGGGGGGGAGGGGGGGUGGAGGUAGUGAAGAAAGGUAAUUUCUAUAUGUAUAAGUACUCUUCACUAUCUCGCCUACCCUCUCAGGCUUAGAAAACCUCGCCCCCCUACAACAGAUGUCUCAGCCUAACUUUUACUUCAGUAUAUGUAGUUUCUUUCUUUUUUUUUGGUGGGGGGGAGGGGGGGUGGAGGUAGUGAAGAAAGGUAAUUUCUAUAUGUAUAAGUACUCUUCUAAUCAACCGUUCUCCUAUUUCCUUCAAAUUCAAAUUCAAAUUCCCGACUUUCUACUCAGUUUUCUCCCUUUAUAUCUGCUACUCCUCAACUGACUUCUGCCAGUGGACGUGGCAUCAUUAUGAGCCCAUCCUAGUCAAACUCUUGACACACACCGUAUUUGUUUNACUGUCACUUUUGUUAUUAGAAGAGAAGAUUGAGAAGAGUAACUCAGCAAAUGCCGCCCGUAAGCCUCAUGAAACACAACAGAAAUCUUCAUCAUCUUUAGGAGCAAGUUUAGUCGACGGUGUAAGAAUAUUUGAGGAACUUAACAGACCAGGUUUGUAUAAACCCAAAUUUGUUUAUAUCUUUGCUGGAAGAGAAAAGUUAGUCUAAAUAUAUCAUUUCCGUCUUUUUUGUUUUUGUUGUUAUGACAACCAAAUGCCAUCUCCAGUUUUUAGCUUUAUUUUUGCAUGAGCUGUAUAAUUCCGGAAAUAACAGACCGGUCAAGGACCUGAUUUUGGGAAGGUGGAUAGUUUCACUUUUAAGUAACUGUCCUAAAUCUAUAACGGACUAGGAGAGAGAAAUAUCGCAGAAAUCACUAUCUCGCCUACCCUCUCAGGCUUAGAAAACCUCGCCCCCCUACAACAGAUGUCUCAGCCUAACUUUUACUUCAGUAUAUGUAGUUUCUUUCUUUUUUUUUGGUGGGGGGGAGGGGGGGUGGAGGUAGUGAAGAAAGGUAAUUUCUAUAUGUAUAAGUACUCUUCUAAUCAACCGUUCUCCUAUUUCCUUCAAAUUCAAAUUCAAAUUCCCGACUUUCUACUCAGUUUUCUCCCUUUAUAUCUGCUACUCCUCAACUGACUUCUGCCAGUGGACGUGGCAUCAUUAUGAGCCCAUCCUAGUCAAACUCUUGACACACACCGUAUUUGUUUUACUACUUAUUUCUGUCUUUACAAGCAAUGAUUUACUUUUCAUUUUUGUUUAUACUGGUGACGACUUUAAGAUAACGUUAGGGCACAUUGAUUUUUUUCCCAGCUGUUUCGAGUUACAGCCCCAGUUGGUAUAAUAGAUUGGGGCAUGUUACACAGUCAGGCUCGUCCGACCUUGCCAUCACAUUAACAGCCUUAAUCCUUGGAUUAGCGUGUCAGGGUUCAACCAAUGCCGAUCAAGAACUUUCAUCACGUGAUGAGCCUGAAAAGAGGUACGUAAAGUUGGUUAUCCUACUUGCUCUUAUUCCCCGGAAAAAGUGUUAUGUCUGAUUGAAAAGCUGAUCCCUUAAUGAACAACCGAAAAUUGAUUUCUAUUUUUCGACAGGGAGCCAGAAUUUGUGUCUCCCCUGCGAACCAAGCCUAAAGGUCNUUCUACUCAGUUUUCUCCCUUUAUAUCUGCUACUCCUCAACUGACUUCUGCCAGUGGACGUGGCAUCAUUAUGAGCCCAUCCUAGUCAAACUCUUGACACACACCGUAUUUGUUUUACUACUUAUUUCUGUCUUUACAAGCAAUGAUUUACUUUUCAUUUUUGUUUAUACUGGUGACGACUUUAAGAUAACGUUAGGGCACAUUGAUUUUUUUCCCAGCUGUUUCGAGUUACAGCCCCAGUUGGUAUAAUAGAUUGGGGCAUGUUACACAGUCAGGCUCGUCCGACCUUGCCAUCACAUUAACAGCCUUAAUCCUUGGAUUAGCGUGUCAGGGUUCAACCAAUGCCGAUCAAGAACUUUCAUCACGUGAUGAGCCUGAAAAGAGGUACGUAAAGUUGGUUAUCCUACUUGCUCUUAUUCCCCGGAAAAAGUGUUAUGUCUGAUUGAAAAGCUGAUCCCUUAAUGAACAACCGAAAAUUGAUUUCUAUUUUUCGACAGGGAGCCAGAAUUUGUGUCUCCCCUGCGAACCAAGCCUAAAGGUCCUCAAGGAUCAUUCAAGUGGCGUUCUGGCCAAUCAUAGAUAAUUGCUCCGUUGCACUAGAGCAAGACGCAUAUCUAGAAUUGUCUACCAAUGGUAACAAACCAUAGCUACCUGUCACAUUUACUGAAGGGAGUUAUGCUGAUCAUUAUGGAGAGAGAGACUUACCUACCAAACAUAUGGUGACGUACUAUAAUACAAUGUAAUGAAGGCGUGACGCAACAUCACUAGACUCCAGGUCACUAGAUGAGUCACAUGGUUGGUCAUUGAACAGUUCAAGCCCGCUCGGAAGGCUAGGCACAUUGGAGUAUCGAACUGGUUGACUGGGUGAACAAACUACAUUUUGCCGUACCCAAAUCUAUAGAACUGGGCCCAGUUGUUCGAAGGCGGAUUAGCGCCUAACCCAGGGUUAAAUUUAACCAGGGAUUCUUUUUCCUUUGUUCAAAAGCAUUUUCUCAGACAAUUUUCUCUUUAUUUCUAAGAGCACCCAAUCAUCAACUUAUUGACAGAAAGAAUUAAACUGAAUGUACUUUUUAAGCAUUCAAAUCUGAUUUCAAAUUUCGCACUAACCCUGGGUUAUUUUAACCCAGCUUUGAACAACCCGGACCCGUAUUAUGGCUGCUCCUUACUGAGGAUAAGUAAAACGUUACUGAUAGAAAACAUCGAUCGUUACGUUACGAGCUCUACUGCUUUUAAAUCAGUGCUCUUGUUCUUGUCAACAGAUCUGGGAAAGUAAGAGGAGCUACUGGGGAUAGAACUUAAGCUUCAUUUAAAUGUUGUCUUGAUAAUGUUAAUAAAUUCGAGCCGCUUUCCUGCAAUAAAACCAUAAACGACAGAAAGUACUUUCUGUGGACUU